UGCGCGCGAAGCAGCUCCGAGGCGUUUGGUUAAAGCUCCGUUGUAAUGUUUACCUCUCGGAUAUAACGGCGUGUGCGGCUGGUGGUGCGCUGCUGGGGGGCAGAUGCGAUAUUUAGCGCCCCCUGAGCCCCUGAUUCAGCCCUUGUUUUCGCGGGAAGGACUGUUUACAGCUGUUAAUUCGGGGACAGGAGGAGAAACUGGGCCGAGUGCAUGAUGGCGAUGUUCCGCAGCUUCGUCUCGGCCGCUCAGCUCAGGCAGCAGCAGCCGGGGCAGCAGCCGGGGCAGCAGAGCGGGGCGGCCGGAGGGGACAGCCUGGAGAGCCAGUUCUCCUGCCCCAUCUGCCUGGAGGUCUACCAUAAGCCCGUCAGCAUCGCGAGCUGCGCCCAUACGUUCUGUGGGGACUGUCUUCAGCCGUGUCUGCAGGUAACAUCCCCCCUCUGCCCGCUGUGCCGGAUGCCCUUCGAUCCAAAGAAAGUGGAUAAGUCCUCCAGCGUGGAGAAGCAGCUCUCCUCGUACAAAGCGCCCUGCCGGGGGUGCAGCAAAAAAGUCACGCUGAUCAAGAUGCGCUCUCACAUUUCAUCUUGCACAAAGGUUCAGGAACAGAUGGCCAACUGCCCAAAGUUCAUGCCUGUGGUCCCCACUUCACAGCCUAUUCCCAGCAAUAUUCCGAACAGAUCGACGUUUGUGUGCCCCUACUGCGGAGCCCGAAACCUGGACCAACAGGAGCUGGUAAAGCACUGCAUGGAAAACCACCGUAACGACCCCAACAAAGUGGUGUGUCCGGUGUGUUCCGCCAUGCCCUGGGGAGACCCCAGCUACAAGAGCUCCAACUUCCUGCAGCAUCUCCUGCACCGGCACAAGUUCUCCUACGACACGUUUGUGGACUACAGUAUUGAUGAGGAGGCAGCACUGCAGGCAGCACUGGCCCUCUCUCUUUCUGAAAACUGAGACCCAGCAGCCUCCACCAAUCAGCAUCACCUCCUCCAACCGUUUCCAGCACCUCAACCCAUAACCCACCAAUCAGUAUCAGCAUCACCAUCGCUCCAUCUGAUCCAUUUUCACCUGUUCACCAGCAUCACUUAUCGCUUAAUCCUCCACCGAUCACAGGCUCAUCUCUUCUCAUAUCCAGAUAUUCACAAUUACCUCCUCGACCAAUCGCCAUCAGGUCCUCCAGCUCAUCCACCAAUGAAGAUGAUCAGUUCUUCGACCUUUUUAUUUUAUUUUCUCUUCCUUUCUUUCCUUUCCCCUCCAUCCUCUGAUUCCACACUCUGUGCGCUGGUAUCUUUUCUGCUGGUUCUAUUUCUGGUGCAAUGCUCAGUCAGGUCAUGCUGUUCACAUGAUCUCGUAUCAUUUCUACGUGGCUCCACCCAGACUUUAUCUCUCCUUGGGAUGGAGAUGGAGACGAAGGCGAGGCAGAUGGAGGCGAGGCAGAUGGAGGCGGGACGUGGUGGCAGUACCUGCUGCAGUCAACAAUAACAAAAGCAUGACUUCACGACUUUCGUACUUCUGGAAUAUAAGAAAACAAAUUACGCUUCAGAACAGAUAGAUUCCUCCAUUUCACCACUCCAUUUUCUACUUUUCUUUCUUUCUGUUUUUAUCCCCUCUUCUUCUUCUUCUCUCUCUCUUUCUCUCUCUCUCUCGCUCAUGUUCACACGCGGACAGAUGGCGGCGUGAGCCGAGAAGAGCCGCCGCACGUCUUGCCCGUCCUGCUGGAUGAGCGCGUCAUUACAGGCUUGGAUGAUGUGUGCUUGUGUGUGUUUGCUGUGGUCGCUAAGCUGGCACAGGGUGGCCUUGUGCCAGGUAGCCCAUUAUUACCAUGGUGACUGCUUUCACGAUGAAGACCUUGGUUGGACUCGUGUUCAGCUGAGAGAGAAUGAGAAAAAGAGAAAGAGAUAGAAAAGGAGAGAGAGAGAGAGAAUGAGUGUGUAUAUGAGUGUACGAGAGAGAGCUGAUCUUUACAUUAUACAACAAUUUACUGUGAGUUCAAAAAAUUUAAUAUAUAUAUAUAUAUAUAUAUAUAUAUAUAUAUAUAUAUAUAUAUAUAUAUAUAUAUAUAUAUAUAUAUAUAUAUAUAUAUAUAUACAGUGAGUCCAAGAAGUAUUUGAUCCCUUGCUGAUUUUCUUUGUUUGCCCACUAAUGAAGACACUAUUCUUCUGCACUUUUAAUGGUAGAUAUAUUCUAACAUGGAGAGACAGAAUAUCAAGACAAAAAUCCAGAAUAUAAUUUUAAAGAAUAUAUUUUAAUUAAUUUGUAUUUCAAUGAGGAAAAUAAGUAUUUGAUCCCUCUUGCCAAACACACUCAAUACUUAGUGGCAAAGCCUUUGUUUGCAAGCACAGCGGUGAGACGUUUGUUGUAGUUAACCACAAGUUUAGCACACACACCAGGGGGAAUUUUGGCCCACUCUUCUUUGCAGAUCCUCUCUAAAUCAUGACGGUUGGUGGGCUGUCGCUUGGCAACUCUGACCUUCAGCUCCUUUCAUAGAUUUUCGAUCGGAUUGAGGUCUGGCGACUGGCUGGGCCACUCCAUGACCUUAAUGUGAUUUUUCUUGAGCCAAUCCUUUGUUGCCUUUGCUGUAUGUUUAGGGUCGUUAUCAUGUUGGAAGACCCAACCACGGCCCAUUUUCAGAUCCCUGGCAGAGGGGAGGAGGUUGUCCCUCAGGAUUGUGCGGUACAUGGCUCCAUCCAUCUUCCCAGUGAUGCGGUAAAGUAGCCCUGUACCCUUGGCAGAGAAACACCCCCAAAACAUUAUGCUUCCACCUCCAUGCUUGACGGUGGGCACAGUGUUCUUGGGGUCAUAGGCAGCAUUUUUCUUCCUCCACACAUGGCGGGUGGAGUUGAGGCCAAAAAGUUCAAUUUUGGUCUCGUCUGACCACAAAACCUUCUCCCAAUAACUUGGUUCAUCUUUCAAAUGAUCAUUGGCAUACUUGAGGCGCGCCUCCACAUGUGCUCUCUUCAGCAGGGGUACCUUUCGGGCACUGCAGGAUGUGAAUCCAUUGUUGCGCAAAGUGUUGCCAAUUGUUUCCUUGCAAACUGUGGUCCCAGCUGCCUUCAGGUCAUUUGCUAACUCCUGCCGAGUGGUUGCAGGACGAUUUCUGACCGUUCUCAGCAUCAUUGCCACCCCACGAGGCGAAAUCUUCUUUGGAGCACCGGGCCGAGGUCUGUUGAUUGUCAUGUUAUACUCUUUAAACUUUCUGAUAAUUGCACCAAUAGUUGUUACUUUCACAUCCAACACCUUACUAAUCUUUUUGUAGCCCACUCCAGCUUUGUGAAGGUCAACAAUUCUGACUCUGAGGUCCUGUGACAGCUCUUUGGUUUUACCCAUGUUGGAGACUUGAAAUCUGUGUGAUCUGUCUGAUUCUGUGGACAGGUGUUUUUCACACAAGUGAUUAGUGAGAACAGGUGGCUUCAGGUCAGGUAACAAGUUGAUUGGGAGUGUCUAACUGGUCUGUAAAAGCCAGAACUGCUAAUGAAUACUAAGGGAUCAAAUACUUAUUUCACUCCAUGAAAUACAAAUCAAUUUAUAUAUAUUCCUUAGAUUUAUUUUCUGGAUUUUCUUUUUAAUAUUCUGUCUCUCCAUGUAAGAAUACAUCUACCAUUAAAAGUAUAGAAUGAUCAUGUCUUUAUUAGUGGGCCAACGAAGAAAAUCAGCAAGGGAUCAAAUACUUCUUGGACUCACUGUACAUAUAUAUACAAAUACUGUACAUACAUUAUGUGGACAAAAGUGUUGGGACACCUGCUCAGCUAAUUCAAUUGUUUCUUUUAAACACAAAGUCAACACAAAUUAUACGUACAGUAUAGUACACUUAAUCUUUGGUUAUAAUUGUUCCUUAGCAAACUGUACCCAGGACUGUCACAAUAACCAUCUCUGUAAGGAUGAAGUAUUGUUACAGAAAUAAUACAGUAUACAAAACAAUCAUUUCUAAAGGGCUGAUCGAUAUUGGAAACACAUUGGCAUUGCGAUAUUUAUUUAUAUUUAUGUGAUGUGAACAAAUACAAAAAUGUAGCUACAGUUCUUUUGAAAUCAUGGUCAUUGUAUUUAAUAUUUAAAUAAUCAAAUUUGUAUAUCUAUAAUUAUAAUAAAUUAAACAAUAUUGGGCAGAUAUAACGAAAAUUAUACAGCAAAUGUUGGUAUUAAGCUAAUUAAAGAAGGGGGGUGAUAUUUAUGCUACUGAUACAAUGCUUAUUAAGUAGCAUACGAGUACAAUUGUUACAGCAUUUUUAAGAGUGAUGAACUACUCUCAGUUAUUACGAAUAUUCAGAUGUUCAAACUGAAAUACAAAUAUUUAACAUUUGAAUUGAUUAAUUAUUUCUCUUGUAUAAUUUAUAUUGUGUAAUAAGUCAAUAAUGUAUUUAUUGUGACUGGCCUAGUUGCACGUUAUGCAGAAACCCUACCUAAUCAAAAGUGUUGGGACGGCUGCUCAACUUAUCUAUAGUUUCCUCCAAAACAGAAGGGAAUUAAAAUUUGUUAAUCCCGUCUCUACUGUCCAGAGAAUUUCUUUUCAUUGCUAUGAAGAUUUGACUGCAUUCAUCAACAAGAGUAUUGUUACUGAGGCCUCUCAUUCUAAAAGUAUUAGGUGGAGCUACAUCAUUCCAGAGAUCUAAAUUAAACCGGCAUGGUGCCUAUAGGUUCAUCUUCUCUGUCUGCUCAAGAGAGUCUUAUUCAAUUGGCAAUACCUCUCUCUUUAAAGAGACUAGACGAACUGUAUAUUUGUGUGCAUUGGCACAUUUGUUUCAGCAGCAGUGGGUGCUUAACUAACUAACUCUGAACCGUGACCAGGGCAUGGUUCACUUGAACAAGAUGACUCAGUGAUGCGAUGUUCUGGUGUUGUGCUGAAUUCAGCAACCCCGCCGGGAAAAGCACCCCCUCUCAGAAGCGCACGCUAAGUCGCUAUGUAUGUAACAGUGACUGAUUUCCAAGUAUGUUCUCAGUAUAUCUCAGAGAGGUUGCUUUUUAUGGCAGGGGUGCUGAAUCUGGCACAACACCGACAAGCCCACUGAGCAGCAGGUCGGGCACGGAUUGUUUAAACGCAGUGUGAGUGCAGGCCAGCUUGGGGAGUGGGGAGGUGGCAGAACCGUGCUCCAGCGUGAUUCAGCCAAACUGUAAAAGUAGCCAAUCCCUUAAAGUAGCUAAACGCAGUAUUUAUUAGAAAAAGGGGUGUUCACACAGUUUUGGACAUAUUGUGUGUAUAUGUAUAAAGCUGGGCGAUAUGUUAAAAACAUUAUUUCACAAUAUUUUAAGACUUUUUGCAGCCAAAAUGCAUCAGAAGCGACAGAUUAUUAAAAGUGCCAUUCAGUACUCUCCUAAAUUGAGUACAUUUACUUACAACCAUUAAUUUGGUAAGAAAAUGUAUUUAUCACAAUAAAAUAAAAUAUGAUCAUGGUGCCCAUAUGGGGAUUGUUCUACAGGUUUCAGACAAUACAAAAACAACACAGAGACGUAAUACAGUUUCUGAUUCAGUUUUCACUCCUCUUACCCAAACACCAACAUAAUGUGAUGUAGGCGGAGUCUCAUAAACCAUCACAUAAGGAUCUCUCUCUCUCUUUCUCUCUCCUUCCUUUGAUUUUGUUUCUUUUAGACUCUUGCACUUUUUUCUACAUGACUGAAUUCUAGUGCUGAUGUUGUUUUCCAGUUCUCGGACAGGAUUCAAUAGUACUGCAUUUACUCUUCUCUCUGCUCUUACCUGGUUGCUACAAUAAUAUUUUUUAUGAAGCAUCAGAUUAGAACAAAAUCUAUAUUUUUGGAAAAACGUUUCAGUUUCAAAUGGUGCACUAAUACUGAGGAAGUAAAAAAAAAUAAAAAAAUAACUAGAGAAAUACAACCGAAAGGUGUGCUGAUCUCACGGGGACGUGCUGAUUUAUUGUUUUAACUUUUGUUUUUUUUAUAUAUAUCUAUAUAUCGAUAUUUCGGAUGUGAAAGAAAGACUUGGGGCUGUCCUCGGACUGUAAGGAGGGCAUGCAGUUGCAGAGCUCGACCACAAGGGGGCACAGUCAUUCAGAGCCCAGUUUAAUGUCUCCUUUUUUUUUAAAGAGCUGUGUGUGUGUGUGUGUGUCUGUGUGUCUGUGUGCCUAUAGGCAGAUUACUGGUGUUGGGUCUGGACAGACGGUCUCUGGGUGGUGGAGAUGAAGAUGUGGGUGUUUAGUGUAUUAAAGUGAUAGUUGUACACAGGGGUGUAACAAUGCACUCUGCUCAUGGUUCGAUUCACGAUUCUGGAUUCAUAAUUAGUAGGCCUGUAACGAAAAGAAUUUUUUGUGGACGACAUAUUGUACCUGAAAUUAUUGCGAUACACAAUAUUUUUGUAAUUUUAAGACUAUUAAAUACCACUGACAUAAUGAUAACAGAAUAGCAUAAAAAAGCAAUUAUACAUUUUUUAAAGACAACACAAUUGAAAUUAAACAUUUAUUAAAAUUAGUUUGGGAAUUAUAUACUUAUUUCUUCACAGUUAUUGAAGCAUGACUGGCUAAAAUACUGUUCACUGUUAUAUAGAUGUACAAACAAAAAAUCACAAUAGACGAUAUCACGAUUAUCAAAAAUGAUUGAGGUCCUGUUAGUUUAUUGUACGAUAAAUCGAUAUUGCAAUUAUUGUGACAAAAAAAACAAAUUUUGAUUGGCAAAAAAAUAAGGAGACUUUCUAUUCUUUUUAAUUUAAAGUGUAUAAAGAAUGAAAAAUGCACCUUGUAUAAAUGUUCCCUUACUGUUCGAAGUGUGAACAAACAACUGCACUGUUUUUUUUUUGUUUUUUUUUUUUGUUUUGUUUUUUUCUCAACUAAGCACUUAUUUGUUUAGGCAAUCAACAGUGAACGUAUCAAUGCGAAAAGUGGACAGUAACAAAGAAAAUAAUUUAUUAUUCUGCCUAAAUAGGUUUUUGUGUAUCUUUGCUAAAGUAUUUCCAUUCUUUUGUGACUUUUUACUUUAAUUUGGCUGCUUACUUUUCACUCCACUACAUUAUUGGAAAUUCUUCCUCUCACGACUUCAGUGAUUGGCUUCAGUCGAAAUGACUGACACAUCCUCCACCCUUUGCUUAAGCCCACUGGCUUUUUUCCCUGCAAUAGUGGGUUUGCGUCCUCUGGUGUUCAAACAAUGCAACUGCAGAACAUUUCAUUAGAAGAAAAUGAAAUUGUGUGUUCCCAAAGUGCCAAUCGCUAAAGUUUUUUCCAUCGUGAUGCACCAUGCGACAAUGCUUUGUUACACCCCUGGUUGUACCUUUUUUAAGACAGACGUGAAAAAAUUAGACAGAAUUAGGCCUUCAGAUGUCUUGCGUGUGCAUGUAUGUAUGUGUGUGUGUGUGUGUGUGUGUGUGUGUGUGUGUGUGUUGUGGCUUUUUAAAGACAUGAUUGGCUUUCUUUUGGGUGCAGAAGGCAGGACUGUUACACAUAGUUCAUGAUGUAUUGUUCCAGAAUGAAUUGCGCUAAACAAUAUUUAUUGUAAUAAUAAAAAAAAGAUUUUAUGCCACAUAUGUAAUGAUUAUAAAAUGAUGAUGAUAGUAAUAUAAUAGCAUAAAAUGCAUUCACACUUUACACAUUUUAAAAUAGGAAUAUUUAGACUUAAUAUAACAAUAUAUAAUUGGAAUGUAAAAAAAAAAAAGUUUAAAUAUCCUUAAUAAAUAAAGGCUGAUGACGCAUCAUAUGCACUUAAAGGAGAAAUCUCAUGUAAAAUGAACUUGGGUUGUAGUGAAACAUGAUAACGAGUAUAAACUUUUUUUUCUAUAGCUCACCUCCACUCAACCUUAGAACUCUGAAAUACAGAGCUUUUAGCCGAUGCUCCUAAUAGGCUUACAAUGCAAGUGACGGGGGCAUAGAGUUGCCCAUGCAAAUAAAUCAUUGUUUUUGCCCUCAGAAUUCUUCAGAUAAAAUGUGGAGCUACUUUAAGUUUGUUAAUGGUGUAAAAAUAGUGAUUUCUUUGAAUGGACAAUGCUAUGCCCCCAUCCCAACCUGUUGGGAACAUCAGCUAAGAGCUCUCUAUUUCAGAAUGCUAGGGGCAAAUGGAUAAGGACUAUUCGAAAAAUGUUAAUACUUGUUAUUAUGUUUCACUACAACACAACAAGUCUAUUUCACACCUGAUUUCUCCUUUAAGCUUUGACAAUUGUGGAUUAUUUAUAAUCAUUUGAAAGCUGUUGGCUGAAGACAGAUUAGAAAAGGUUAGUGGCAAUCUGUGUUUUUCAUCUUUAAUGAGUUAAAUUAGGAAGUUUAUCCCAAAGCGUGUCACAAUCAUCAAUUGAGUUAUGUGUUUUACAAUCGAUAGCACAGAAACCAGAGGUUUGGUUCCAAAUCGGAUUUGGAUUUGUGAAGAAAUGACUCAGUUUGCCUGUUUACACUUUGUGUUAAGAAAAUGUGAUGAACUACUUAAAAAAUGCACUUCUCUCCUUCAAUCUACUGGUUUAUAAGCAUGAGCGAGAGUGAGAGAAUGACCGAGAGAGCAGGAGAGAGGCCAACCCCCACAGUAAAAAUAAAUACUCAUAAGGGUUUUUUGGGGGUUUUUUUUGGUGUUGUUUACUGACCACCUAAAUUAUCCAAUUGUAUUCCGAUCAUAGUAAGUAAAAUCUGACUAGCAUGUUUAGAGCACCAAAAAUGCAUGAAAUUGCCCCAAGAAAUACACAUUCCAUUUAAUUUAUUUAUAUUUAAUACAGACAAGAUUAGUCCUUGACAAGCCCCACAUAAGAUACAGUUUAAGUGACCAGAUCGCAAUCUGAUUACAGUGUAUCUUGCGGGUGUUUAAACUUGGCUUUUUAAGUACCAGUAAAAAGUUUGAGCACACAUACUCAUUAAUCUUUGUUCUUUGUUUAUUGAUAUACCACAGUUAGUUCUGAUCCUGUAGUGUGAGAGGCGUCUAUGAGUUCCAAAUAUAAUUGGGAAAUUAAUUUACUGUAACAGUAGAUUGAUCCUUAUUUAUAAAUAGGAAUAAAAGGAAUCUGAGGGGAAUCUUCUACACUCAUUCUGAUGCGUGUAUACGAUGGGAAGUCAGAUUCUGACAGAGAACAAAAAAAUCAGCCCAACUUAUAGCUAACAUUUUAAAACCAAUUAAUAUAAAGUAUAGAAAGACUCCGCCCACAUAUCUGAUAACAACAGGAUGUAGUAAAGUUCUUUAGUCUGUUUACUAAACUGUAGUGUGAAACUUGACAAAACUAACUGGAUCAAAUGUACAAAUUAUGCAAUGGAACAAAGAGAAACAAACCUGGAAAAUGCUAAUGCUAUCUAAAGGUUUGGGAUACAGUCACCAGCAUGCAUGCUAAUGCUAAUGCUAAGUGUAAACAGGCUCACUGUGACAGGUUUAGAAAGAAGAAUUUAACAUUUUAACAAAGUAGUAGAAUCACAGAUGUUUAACUGCUGUUUAUUUUAAAUGUUUUAGAUUUUAGACUCUUCUCGAUUGAUUUUUAUCCUUUAGGAACAGCAUAUAUGACUGGAGGUGGGCUGGAUCUUUGAGGAAUGCUUGGUUAGAUGCUUUGGUGUCGCUCUGUGGUGUUUGUGUGUGUGGUGUUUAAACCGCUUUAAGAAUCCAGUGUUUGGUUUGUGAUCUGCUGUUGUCCGUGUUUGAAUGUGUGAUAUAAGGAUAUUUGUGCAUAUAUAAGGAGAACGGGCCUCCCGGUCGGCUCUGCUAGAACUGCCGCUCGCUGUAUUGAAGCCUGUAGGAUAUAUUGGCUUCGUUUUUGGGUUUUUUGUUGGUUGACGUUGCGAGUAACUCCUCUUUUUACGAGGCUGUUUGUCGAGACCGUUGGAAAAGUUGAAAUUCUCUGUACAUAUAAAUAAAUAGCGGGGUUACGAGUUUCUGCCUCAUUAUUGCGGCGCAGGUUUAAACCCUAAUGAAGGUGGGAUCACCUUCGUUUUUAUGAAGACGCAUGUUGAAAAAAACAUUGCACUUUGGUUAGUUCAAAACGUCUUGACGAAAGAGUAGGAAUUUUGUUCCAGUGAUUUACUUUGGCUGAGUACUGCCAAGUGUGUUUUACAGCAGUCACAAUAUAAGUGUGCAUUACAUCAUUACCGUGUGGAAAAAGGGAAGAUAGAAGAGAACAUUGUUUUUUUUUUUUUUUUUUUUUAAAAAGAGAGAGGUUUUCCUUAGAGGUUUAGAGCACCACACAAGCUGUUGUUGUUUUUAAGUAAUGGGUUACAUGUGAAACAUCUAAAAAACAUCUACAAAAAAGUACAAAAAAUCUAUAAUUAUAAAUAUAAUGUCUUUUUGUUUGGGAUUUUUUACAUGAUUCUCAAACAAGCAAAUCUUCUCUAGCCUGUGUGAUGCCUCUUGGUGUGAAUUUGGCAUUAUAAAGAGAUGCCUGUAAGGGUUUUAAAGGGCCCAUAUCCUGGAAAACCAUAUUUCCGGUCCUCAAAAUACAAAAGUUAACAAAAUUCAAAAAUUUGGGAUAUCAUGAAAAGUGCACUUUUAUUCACAAUGAACCCAAGAUAUUUCAUGUUCUGGUCACAUUUAUUUAUUAAUUUAUUUAUACGCAUCCUUUCCAUUCCUUUAUUUCAGUUUUUGGUAUUUCUAGAAAGCCCAUUUAUAUAGCGACAAAAAAGCAGCAUUGUUUUAUGAUGUCAUAAAGCCAGCACAUUUACAUUUAUAUAGCCCCGCCCACUGUAACAUUCUUUUUUUAUUAAGCUAUGGUCACACAAGGCUUCUGUUGCUGAAUCUUAUUUAUUUUGGACAACUUCAAAACUUUGAAAACUUCAGUUGUUAUUAUUAACUAAUAUGCUAAUUGCUAAGGUAGCUCCUCAGUGUACCACCAUUAAAUACUUAAAUACAUCGUUUUUAUUUAUAUUUAUCCUACUAAACACCUUAUAUCUGGGAAUCCUGUUAAACUGGGUUGACUUCUAAACUGACACAAAACAAAAACUUUAGUUUGGUAUCAAUACAGACACCCUGUAAAAAUUAAUUUAAUGAAAGUAACUCAAAGUUUCAGUCAAAAGGUGGGACACACCUUAAAUUCAGUGCUUUUUCAUUAAUAAUACUAAGGUCAUCCAAACUAUGAAGAAAAUCAUAUUGAAUGAUUUAAUAAACAAAAAGAACAAAUCAGAUUUUUUAGAUUUUAGAUUCUUUAAAUUAGCACCUCUUGCUUUACACGUCUUGGCUGGAUUUUCUCAGUCAGUUUUAUGAGUCACCUAGAAUUCAGGCUUUCAGUUAACAGCUGUGCUGAACUCAUCAAGAGUUAAUUACUUAAAUUUCUUGUCUCUUAAUAAAGUGUUUGAGAGCAUCAGUUGUAAAGUAGUGAAGAGGUAGAGUUACAGGUAUACAGUGAAUAGUGAAUAUUUGAGUAAUGUUCUAAUACAGAUUAUGAGAAGCAAGAAAUACUCAACUAAGUAAAGAAAAUGGUCAUCAAAGACCAUCAAAAAUGUUUUGAUGAAACUGGCACUCAUUAGGACCACCGCAGAAAAGAAAGCGCAAGAGUUUUCUCAGAAACCACAAAUUAACAGCACAUCAGAUAAGAGCACCUAAAUGCUUUUAAACACUUAAGUUACUACAUGAUUCCUUAUGUGUUCCUUCAUAGUCUGGGUGGCUUUAGUAUUAAUUUACAAUUUAUGCAAAUUACGUCUGUGUCUGAGCACUAAAUCUUUGGUUUCACCUUGGGUUCUGUCCAUUAUUUAUAUAUAUAUAUAUAUAUAUGUGUGUAUAUAAAGGUAACUGUCCUGUGUGACCACGGCGUACGGAGUGUUUUAGCUUGUAGUGCUUCAUUAAAUGAGUCACAAUACAAGCCAUCCAAUCAGAGCAUAGCUUAUUUACAUGCAUCAGUACUAAAGUCACUAAAAAAAAGAAAAAGAUAUCUGAAAAAGAUAUGGUUUUGGUUCUUACGCCAUAUAAAUGUCACAAAUAGCCCUACAUAAUGGCCUAAAUGUUAAAUACUAGAUCAGUGCAGGAUAUGGGCCCUGCGGGUGGAUUCCAGGCUUUUUAUAUUUGUAUCAUCCUGUCGUCGCGAUGGUGCAGCGCUGCGGCGCGAAUAUCUGAGUGUAUUUGGACUGAAGAGCUUCUGAGAACUGUGUAAGUAGGUUACAAGCGUUCCAUUACCCUGAACUUUUUAACUCGGUUCUGAAUUAUUGAUGCUUUUUUCUAAGUGUUUGUAAAAUACCAUGUGCAGAUAAGUCACGUUCGCAGCUGUAGCAGCAUCAUGUAGGUUUUUUGAACUUUUUGAUAUAUAUAUAUUGUACUCCCUCUUUUUUUCUUUCUUCUGUUCCUGUUUCCCGUUCCUGUUCCCUUUGAGAAUUACCUUGAAAGAAAACUGUAUAAUUUUCAUGUUUUUUUUUGUUUUGUUUUUUUGGGUUUGUAAUAUUCUGUACCAUUUCUGUCACUGUACACCAUAAACAGCCCUCUUCUCUGGCAUUGUGGGACUGGAACUGAACUGGUUCUCGAGUCGUGAGGACCACAAACUGACCACAAUGUUGGAGAAGUCCAGGAUCACCCACUGGAACUUGACAAUAAUGAACUUUUCGGUUUUCGAGGACUUGCUGGAGGGGAUCAGUGGCUCGGGAACUGCAUUUUGUUGGAAUAACGUUGGGAUAAUUGGUGUGGAAUUGUGAGGGGACCUGAUUUCGGACUCGACUGGAACACUUUUCCACUUCUUCUUCUUCUUCUUCUUCUUCUUCUUUGUCUUCUGCUGUAGGCCUGGAGCAGGUGGAGGUGGGUGAGUGAGUGUAAUACCCACUAUGGCCAACAGAGGGCGGUGAAGACUUUGCAGAGAGUCUGGUACUUUUUGACCCCCUCAGUUUUGAGCUGGAGCACCACUCUCGGGACAAGACAGGACAAGAUAAGAGGAUGAGAGAGUGCGUAAGAGAGAGCGAGAAAGAGCUCUCAGCAGCCAGGAGCCUGUCCACCAUACUGGCUCCAUCACUGAUUGAUCCAAUGUCUGCUCACUGGCCUGUGGAUGAAUGUGUGUGUGUGUGUGUUUGUGAGAGUGUAUGAGUGAGUGAGUGAGUGUGUGUGUUGGUGCACUCCCAAUGGGAUUAUGCAUUCAUGACGUAAUAAUGACUAUAAUAAUGACCGUAAUAAUGGCUGUACUGAUGAUAAUGAUGACGACGAUAACGAUAAUAUAACAGUAAUAACAAAGGACACCUGUUGAGAUGCUAACACCCACGUGGAGUUUUGAAGCCGUACCGCUGUUCGAGGUUUAAUAAGAUACUUAUACUCUGUAUUUGUAGCAGUUUCCCCCUCAAUAAAACCACUGACCCAUCCCACUUCA